UGGCUGGCGCUGCACCUGCGCGCCGUUUCCCCACUUGCCCCUCAACCCCAUUGUGCGCCUGCGCAGUGCCCGCUGAGGCGCGCAGGGAGCCGCGAGACGCAUGCGCAGUGUGGGCCCUGCCGCUUUGGUGUCGCCGCCGUUCGUGCUGCAGCCGUUGCCGCCUCCUUGCUGGCAAGUGUGUGAAGAAGAAGCCGAGGGUCGCCGCCGGCGCCAUGGGGAGAAAGUCAAGCAAAGCAAAGGAGAAGAAGCAGAAGCGUUUGGAAGAACGUGCAGCCAUGGACGCCGUCUGUGCCAAAGUGGAUGCUGCCAACAGGCUUGGAGACCCUCUGGAGGCUUUCCCAGUAUUCAAGAAAUAUGACAGGAAUGGGUUGAAUGUCUCCAUUGAAUGUAAGCGAGUAUCUGGAUUGGAGCCAGCCACUGUGGAUUGGGCCUUUGACCUGACCAAAAUGAAUAUGCAAAGCAUGUAUGAGCAAAGUGAGUGGGGCUGGAAAGACCGAGAGAAACGAGAGGAAAUGACAGAUGAUCGAGCUUGGUACCUUAUCGCUUGGGAAAACAGUUGUGUCCCUGUUGCCUUUUCUCACUUCCGGUUUGAUGUGGAGUGCGGGGAUGAAGUCCUCUACUGUUAUGAAGUGCAGUUGGAAAGCAAAGUGCGGCGGAAAGGCCUGGGGAAGUUCCUCAUACAGAUCCUGCAGCUCAUGGCCAACAGCACCCAGAUGAAGAAGGUGAUGUUAACAGUAUUUAAGCACAAUCAUGGUGCCUAUCAGUUCUUCCGAGAAGCGCUACAAUUUGAAAUUGAUGACUCUUCCCCCAGCAUGUCUGGUUGCUGUGGGGAGGACUGCUCCUACGAGAUCCUGAGCCGGAAGACCAAGUUUGGAGACAGCCAGCACUCCCAUGCGGGCGGGCACUGUGGUGGCUGCUGCCACUGAACUCUUAAAGCCAUUUGCAAGUCAGAACUCUCUCCUAAGGCCUGUCCUCUACUCUGGUUUCACAUUACCUGCCAGGUGCUCUCAGAGCUAUGGUCUUCUUAGCCUUGCAUGUGCCAGGUGGCAUCCUGAGAGCUCAGAAUCCUGGGGAGGAGUGGUCUACACCACCCCUUCUCUUUCCUGGAAGAGCAGCAUAUCAGGAAUGAGUACAGAGAAGAGGGUGCUACAAGAAGAGUUGAUGGAGGCUGCACCAUGAAGCUCAUCCUCACAGGAACUGUCUCCUCACUUGGCCCUUGGGCCCUCAAGUGAAAGUUCCUCAAAUUCUCUGCAGCUGGAUUCCCAACAGGCUCCCCCACCUCCGCCUUGGACAAAUGGAAUGUUUAUAUCCACUUUUGUCAAAGUCCUGGAGUUGUGAUCUGUGCUCUCUUGGUUCCCAAAGAGGAUUAGACUCUUAAGAUCUGGGCAUAGAGCAAGGCUUUGAAGAAACUCACUCUCAUGGAUGGAGUACUGUCAUGGAGACCAUGUAGGCCUUUGAUGCCAGGAUACAGAGAAGGUCUUUCUAGCUGUGUUUUUAUGGAUCCAUAGAGUGGAGUCAUCUCAGGGGACUAGCCAACUCUGGGGGGAAGGGCUGUCUCCACUGCUAUCAGUGAGAGAGGACCAGGAACAGGUGUGCUAAGGGACUUAUAGUGGGGAUGACUGCUUCUCUGGGCAUUUGGACUUUGCUGCAUUCUCAGCUUAACCUCUGGAUCUCAUGGCAGUGACUUGAGCUUUUCACUCCAGAAGAAAGCCAGAGGUCCUGUCUUUUCCUCUCUGUUGACCCCACCACUCUUUCUCCCCAGCCUCUUGGUUUCACUCCAGAUACCUCUGUUCUUAGUCUCAGGGGGGGGAGUAACAUCAGGGAAGCCCUCUUCCUCUGGAGGACCCAUUGUUCCUGGUACAGUUAUGCCAUUUUCUCUCACUUUUUUGGUGCUGAUAGUUCUCUGAAGGUGAGGUGACCCUCCUACCACCCUCUUUAGAGAACCCCCAGCCAGCAGCAGGCUUCUCUGCCUGCACUCCCUAGCCUUGCCCUUUGCAGCCUCAAUGAGGCACUGGUGCCACUGUCCUGGCCCAUUUGGGCCACAGCUCAGGCUUGAGCAAGAAUGCCUGUUAGUGGCCCAAACAGCUGCUGUUCUCUCUCUGGUAUCACCCUGUGGCAGCAGGCUGGAGCAGGGGGAGGAGAUGGGCUUUCUCCUUUCAGAGAGUAAAGAGGGUGUGGGCUCAGAACUUAUUCUCAUCCUGAUCUCUAGGCCUUGUUCCUCUUUCAAGGACGAAAAACUAAAUCCUUAUCUAGGUGAAAGUACCUAACACUUCCCCUUGGACAUCCCUGAGCUCUGCUUCAGGGACUGUUAAGAUUCUAGCCUUUGUGCAGUUGCUGUCAUGGGGUCUGUCCGUGACCCAACCUCAGAGCCUGCUCACCCUCACCCUCUGGCCCAACUCAGGCAGUUUGUCCUGGCAGAGCUCUCCAGAGUCGUCCUUGUUUUUCACCUAGAUUCCUGCCUGUGCAGGAGCCUCUCUUAUCCAGUCUGACCCCCACUGAGCACCCUGCGUUGCUCUUGAGUCUACCAGCAGUGGGCUUGGGCACUUCUUGGAGAGAGCCUUACAGCUUUACACUGGAAUAAGUUUUAACUUUGCCUCACCUGUUGGCGCCAGGGUUUUUACCCUUGAUGAGAGUUGGAGUUGCUGGGAGGAGAUUGGUAGACUCCUUCCAAGAAUCAUGAAACAACAAGACGAAUGUUUAGAAGAGCUUUUCCUCUAAUCCCUGUCUCAACACAAGAAUGAUAAAUAUUUAUUGUCUUAGAUCAUGGAUUUCUGAUACCUCCCACUCAAGGGGACCAAAAGGAACCCUGUGUAAAUCCUAUGUAACAUGAGUUCAGUGUGUGUUUUCUUUUUACAGUCGUUGGACACCUAGCACCAAGCCCAUUGAUAGAUGGGCUACUGGGUGGCAUGCCUUGUUCCCCCAGCCUUUGCAGGCUACCUUCCCUGAAGAGCUUCUCAGGAGGUCACAGCUUGGUAGGAGGAGUGCUGAUUGAGACCAGCCGGCCACUCUUGUGGCUCUUGAGCCUACUAAUGUGUCAAACAUCAAUCUUCCUCCACCUCCUCUGGGAAAAGACUUUUUAUACCAGACUUUUUUGUUGUUUUUUGUUUGGGGCAUGUUAAGAAAAAAAUUUAAGAUUUUGUUUCCUAGUUGUAUUCUUCCUAUUUCAAGUUUUUUUGUUGGUGUCAAGUGUGUCUAUGACUGGCUAGGUAUGGUGGCAUGUGCCUGUAAUCCCAGGACUCCAGAGGCUGAGGUAGCAUUGCUGCAAGUUUGAGGCCAGCCUGGGUUUCAUAGUGAGUUCAAGGCCAACCUGAACUACACAGUGAGACCCUGUCUCAAAAAACUUGAAAAAAAAAAAGUGCAUAUAUGACAUGUGUAUGGUUCUUUUUAACACCCUCCUCCCCAAGAGAAAAUUUGGAAGAUAAAUUUCUUGAGAUACACAUAUUUUUUUCUUCAACCACUCAUUGGAAUCAAAGGGAAAAGGUGAUCUCUUUUUGGAUUGGUUGUAUUUGUACAACAUAAAUAAAAGACACUUUGUUCAGCA